GAACACGAGGUAGUUGAUGCCGGUUGAUACCGGUCCUUGCAACGGGGCGAGGUAGACUGUCACGUUGAGAAAAAAGGCCGCAGCAUGGUGCCCUUCACGUUGGGAUGACGGUUCUUGUACAGGGUGCUCAAAGGUAUCUUCAUUUAUCCCCAUUUGCCCCUGAAUUUGACAUGCACUUUUUGCUUGGUCGCAAUUUGCAGCUUGCAAGCUGGUGCAAUUGCUUCUUGCAAAGAUGGCGCUUGCUCAGGCCCAGGGAAAGGGAACAGUAUCUCUACUUUAAGUUGAGGGCAGCGGGACGCAAGACAGGCAGGUCCAGGGGCAAUGUUUGUUGCGCAGUUGCAAAUUGCCUCUCUACAACAUAUGCACGUUGACUACGCUGUCUUGGAACCCCACUUGAUUGGGCAACAUGUCUGACACAGACGCAAGAACGCCAGGUGUGCCCAUAAAGCCGCCUGAUGCAGCUUACCGGUUGGAAGCCUGGCUGGAAAGAGCUGACGAACCCCGCCUGGAGUUGGUGGGGCCUGGAGAGUACAAUGAGCUUCUCCAAGCCGCGAGCCGGAAUUGGGCCGCAUUAGAAAAGGGCAUUAAAGAGGCGCAGCAGGGGUCUGACAAUCUGCUUCGAGACGAACAGACGCUCCAGGCGCUGGCGCGAGACCGCUACUUCCUCACCUUGACUGAGGCAAACGUGGAGACCCUACUGGCUCUACUGCACAGACUGACAGCUGGCGGUGCUUGUGGGGAUAGCGGUUCAAACGCAGUUGUGUCUGGUGCUCGGAUUCUCGCCGCUUGGGUGCGGCGGGUGUCGGUGCAAGCCGCACCGACGUGGGCGUCCAGAAGAGUCCCGGCCAUCAUUGAUACUGCCUGCGACGCUCUCACCUCUAGUUCUUUAGGGGGCGCAUCUGGGAGUCUGAUCUAUCUCUUGGGCGCUGGAGCCGCAGCCCCUCAAUGCUCGCCAACUGGACACUCUCGAUGUCGGGAAGUGGUGACACAGGCGCUGCAUCAGCGGAGGUCUGCAGUGAGUGGGCCCACUCAAUUCCCCGACGCUCUCGUCGGCGCCGCAUACCUCAUCACCGGCGGCUCUGGCGUCCACGGGGCGCAUCUGACCGCCCUCCUCACCAGCCUCCUCCACCUUUGGGCCCCACCAACCGGUUCCUUUUUCUCGGUCACUUCCAUCGCUCGCCCCUCCCCCCACUCCCCGCACCAAAAGGCUGACCCCCCGAGCAGCAGUUCUGGCUCCCACGAGCUCCUUCCGCUCAGUCCGCCGGAAUCCGCCGGAGCCCCCCUCAUCCAGGCGCUUGCGCUCUCCCGACUGCUAGAGUACCUCGCGCUGCUAAGUGCGCGCGCGCUCUCCCAGGACUUCGGCACGCGCUCCCUGGCGCUCGCAGACGCAAAAGCGGUCCAAAUCAGCCUCAGUCUAUCGGGGGAUCCCUCGGUAAGCGUAUUGGCGCUCGCCGGCUUCAACCGGGGGUUGGGCGGCCGUCGGGGGGACGGCUUUCGCGGCGCGGCCGAGGACUGGGUCCGGUUGGUCGAGCAACAGGAAGGGCUACUCAUUUCAGCAGCUGAGGCGGUACUUGCAGAAGUAGGCAGAACCUCAAAAGUUGGCGCUCUCGGUCAGGCUUACGUGCACAAGGGACUCGCGCACCGGGUCCAGUGCGCGGCGCUCGCAUGCUCGCGUCUGGACUCCAUACCCGGGACGCCCCUUGGAGGAAACGCCUCGAUCUUGCUUUGCCUCAGCUCGGCCCUGUUCAGAGACCUCUUGAGCCUCGGCCGGCUGCAUUCGGCCGCAGCUCCGUUCAUUUUGUCGGAUCGGAAUCCAAACGGAAGGCCGGCAGGUUCCGGACGGAACUCCGGCCUUCAGUUGCACGAGGAGUUGAAUCGGGCGUUUGCGGAGGUGAGAGAACGGGUGGAAGGGGACGCGUUCAAGAACGUGGGUUUGCUCGCGAGGGCUCUCUGCGACCACUGCAAAGCAGCAGACGAUGCGGGGCGGCGACUGGUUCUGGGGGAGGUGGUGCGUUUUGCACUUGGCCUUGAAAAAGGGCACCGAAACGCUGCGUUGAGUACGGAGGCAAAUGGGGCUGCGGAGAGGGAAGCCGCCGAGGCCGCCACGAGAAAGGUCCUCGACGCCUGCUUCCUGACGGUGACCGUCUGCUGUGAAGCGGUCCUGGGAGAGGCGCCUGGUUCCGUUCCGCCCGGGUCCGUUCCGGCCGUGCGGCCGGCGGAAGCGGAUCCGAAGGUGGUCUGCGAGAUACUGGAGGCCCUGUCCUGCGUGGAGUUUUGCCGGGUGCCGUACGCGGGGUAUGGCCAGCUGGUGACUCGGGCAGUCACGCUGGCCGCUAAGAGCAGAAACGGGGCAGAAGGGUUGGCGGCAAACAUGCCGAAGUACGAGGACACAGUCGCUCUCGCACUGGUCCAGUCGCCAAUCCUUUCUGGAGGCGAGUCGAGGGGUUUGCGGGGAUCAGAGCCUGGCUACUCCGGAGCAGUAGCAACGGACAGAGAGGGUCGUGGUCUUGGCCAGGCAGACAUUGUUGAGGGAAACGACUCGAGGGGAGAGAUGGUGGAAAGCACACCCAGCACGUCCGGCCGGGGGGCCGCAACCGGUCACCACGUUAACCCGACAGGACUCCUUUCCCCCGAGGGCCAGUCUCCUACCUUUUGGGCACGUGACGCGGUUCGUGCCGCCCGCGUCCACUUCAUGCUGCGCGUCUUGGGGCCGUGCGUCGAGAAGAUCGGGGACGAGCCGUUUGCGCAUGCGGUCCUGCCGAUGCUCCUGCUGUAUCUGCUUCACCCCUCGGCGCCAGUCUCGCGCUCCGCCCACGCGCUCUUUGCUGCCUUUCUGGACAGCCGGGAGGCGUUCCGCCGAGAGUUCGAAGCGGAACGGAACGGCGGAACGGCACGGACCGGCGGAACGGAAUGGAGCUCCCCAGACCUCGACUCCGCGUGGCAGCCCCCUCCAAAGACCAGCAUCUUGCAGCGGCUGAAUCUUCUGUCCCCUCAACACAACGCAAAGAGCGACCCCCCCAGGGAUGUAUCCGUUGCGGAACGGGCGGCGCUGUUCUACGUGCAGCGGUCGCUGGGGGGGUUCCCGGGGCUGACGUCAUUCGAGGCGUUCACGGCGGGGGUGGCGGCAGUAGUGCGCCACGUGCCCCCCGGGAGCCCGGCGAUCGUGCUGUCGUUGCGGCGGAUCGCGGCGGCUGCCAAGGAUCUGUUCGCGCGGGGGGUGCCGUACGUGCCGCCGGAGGGGGAGGCAAACGGAGAAAAAGGAAAGGCGCCGCAAGAAGGGAGUCGGGGGGGGCAGCUGACGCGGCUACUGGUGCACCUGAUCCCCAUUGUAGAUAUCCAGGUCCUGACCGGUCUGCUCCACGAGACGGAGGCCGUGGUGCUCUUCAUCUCCGACCAGUCCGCCCAGCAAGCCGCGCUCGCGGAGCUGUACGAAGUCCUCGCCGCGAACGAGGACUACACGCGCAAGGCGCACUGCACCGUAUGGUACCAGCAGCUCGCGGCGAAGUGCGUCGCGCAGUUUCGGGCGAGAGUGAGAGAGGGGAAGGCGGGGGUGGCGAGGAUAAAGUCGAAGGACGGGGCGGGGGGGCGGUCUUGGCCCCGGACGUGGGGGCUCUCAAGACCGAGGCAGAGCGUAGGGGACGAAGACGCGAUUUCAUAA